UGUAUGCAGGUAAACGUGCACUGCAUAGCUUUUUCAAUUUGUAAGUCGCCCCAAGGACACGCCUGUUCUGGUGACUGCUCGAUGUUUGCGCGGAAUCGCAGGAGUUGUCGACGCGCCGGUGAUGUUUUCGAAUCUGUUGGGGAUUCAGUUGUCGAUCUGCAGUCCUGUCCGAUUGGUACUUGGAUACGCGGAUAGGUUCCUGCAAUUUCACGUCCUCCGGAAUUCUGUUCGACUGUCACGGGGGUGGACGCCACUCGUUCAGUUGGGGCCGUGCAUUCGUAAUUCUGUUCAGCGAUCCCUCCCCGGCAGGCCCAUGGUUAAGUGGAGUCAGAACUCGACAUUCUGGCCAAUAGGUUGAAUGCCGAGAUUGGUGUGUAAUGUUAAAUAACCCAUGGGCGGAUCUCGUACAUAGUCACCGCCUUGUGGUGAGAUCUGGUAAUUGGCAUCGUUUUCCGAAAAUUAAUCAAUUGAUUAAUCUGAUGCCAAGCCAAGUACUACGCUACAGUCCGGUUUAUAUCUCCAAAAGCCACUAGGAGAAUUUUGCAUGAUCUAGAUUGGACUGCACUGUGGGACACCGUGGGACAUCGUUGGACAUCGUUGGUCACCGUCGGACAUCAUUGCACAUUAUUGGACGUCGCGACAGUUUCAGUAGGAAACGUUGAAAUAGAGGGAAAGCAAAGAACAAAUAGAAUUACCGCGAUAGAGGUAGAUAUGCUUCAAAAAAUUAAAGAUAAUUCAAAUGCUGGAUUAUGAUGGCAAUGUAGCCGAUGUCGCAACAUGGAACAAAAAUAACUAAUAGUCGAAGCUGUGCAAUUAUUUUUGUUUAUUUUAAUUUUUACAUUAUAAGAAAUAUUUAUGAUAUAAUAGUUGGCUUUCGAAUGUUCUAUCAUUAUAAUUAGGAUAUUUCCUAGAUAGAAUAAGUACAAAAAUAUUAUUGUUUCUAUAUCAGAAUUUUUAAAAUUAAUUCGUUACAUUUAAACAUAUAACAAGGAGAAUAAGAAGUGUUUAUGUAUUGAAAUAAUGUCGGCUGAAUGUAAAGGGGAAGUAUCCUUAGAAGUACCCAGUAUGGUUGUAGCAGUCGUGUGAAUGAUACAAAUCAAUACAAAAUCCGUCAAUCGUGAGAUUCAGUGUAAGGACUUCUUACAAUUGUUCUCUCUUUGUGAUAGAUAAUUACCAAUGAUUUUUCGUGCAGUUUUUAAAUAAUUAUGUGUGAACUGGGUUCUACGAAUUGAAUUAUUGAAAAUCUAUCGUGAUUAUAUUAUUGCGUGAAAGUACUUAUUUCUGGCAGCAUGUCCCAGCGUUCGACGGUUCCCAGGAGAUUGCCUCAGGGCGGUGAUAUCAAUCGUUUCAAUUUACCGGAAGCAGAAGCUCUUGGGUCCCCCAGCUUAGGAUGGCGGCAUUGCUUAGGACCUAUUACUGUUGUGCUAAACAUGGUCAUAGUCGGCACAAUCAACGGAUGGACAAUGAUUUCUCUUCAUUACCUAAUAUCUGGGACCGGCGGCGUGCCGCUGACCUUAACAUUCGACGAAUCAUCAUGGAUCGUUUCUUUGACAGUACUUGGUUCAAUGAUCGGUUCACUUCUGGGUGUCCAGCUGGUCGCCCGCAGCGGUUGUAGAAAGUGCCUCGUUUUAUGUAACGCAAUGUUCACCUUAGGCUGGUUCAUCAUCUACACCACAGCUUCCCUGCCAAUACUAUACCUUGCUCGAGUGAUUCUCGGUAUAGGCUUUGGUAUUGCCAACACGGCAAAUCCCAUAUACAUGUCAGCAAUCGCCGAAAUCAAUAUCAGUGGCAUCCUAGAUCUUGUAAUCGCAACGGGCGCAUCUGUCGGGACAAUAUUUUCAUACAUCCUAGGAAUCUGGAUGACGUACAAGUUACUGCUGAUGAUUCUUGUAGUAAUAUCCUUUAUAACCUUCGUAUUGAACAUGUGUAUCUCCGCAACUCAAUAUUUCUCGCAGGCAACAGAUGAAACGAUGCGAUCAUGGAAGACGAUGGAAUAUUACAGAGACAUCCAAAAUCCUCGCACACAGGAAAUGGAACUACGUGCACAGACCAGAUACGAAUUACCAUCACAAUCCAGAAGCAAUUUAUCGUCACAAUACAGAAGCGAUUCACCCAGACAAACUACAAGCGAAUUACACCAACCAUCCACAAGCGAAUUACGCCAACCAUCUACAAUAGAAAUUCACCCAGAACCUACAAGCGAAAUACACCCACGAACCAGAAGAGAAUUACACCAUCUACAUAUACUCACUAAAUUUACCUGGACAACCAAGCUGCGAGAAAUACUACAACGAAGCAACAGGAAAGCUUUGUUUAUCAUGCUAGGCUUGAUCAUGGCACAACAACUUAGCGGAAACUUCAUCACUAUGCAGUAUCUGCAAGUGUUGUUUGACACAAUAACGAUCGACAUCGAUGUACAAGAAGCAACGAUAUUCGUCCUGGGUGCCAACCUUAUAUCUGGCUGUAUAUUCCACUUACAAGUGCCAUCUCUUGGAAGAAGGAUACUUUUGAUUCUGUCUACGCUUGGGUCGUGUUUUACAUUGAUUAUUCUAGCAACUUAUCUUUUGUUAGUUGAACAUGAGUUUGACGUUUCCACCGUCGCUACGCUUCCAGUAUAUGACUUAAUGAUAUAUCAAAUAGUAUUUCACAUUGGUUUAGGCACGUUACCCAAUGUUCUCCUAUACGAGUUAUUUCCUACGGAACUAAUCGGCUUUGUUGGUACCAUCAUUGUGAUUUUCGACGGUAUAAUUGGUUUUACCGUGUCGAAACUGUAUCAAGUGAUUAUCGAUAAUGUAGGACCGUGUGCGAUUUACUUUAUCUUCGCGAUAUCAUGCUUUUUGGCAUUUCUAAUGGUGCUCAUAUGGAUACCGGAAACAAAAGGAAAAACAUAUCAGCAGAUUGAAGCCCUUCUAGUUGGUGAAAAUUUGAAUUCUUUGAAUGAAGAAGUUAGAACCGAUGAAAUGGAUGUUCAUAGAUUCUGACAGGAGAAAUUGCACCGUACAUCCGUUACGCGGUGUCUACUUACUCGGAAUAUUUUAUUUCUCAUUUUUAUUAGUAUAAGGAUAAAGAUCCAUAAUUUUAUCACGAUAUGCAAUUUUUGUAGUAACGUAGUUUUUUUCGUUUGUUCGUGUAACUUUAGAAAUGUGUCUAACAAAGAUGAUGGUCAUUUACAAACAUAUGUAUCGUAUAAAUUGACUUGCAUUGAACUGAGAGGAAUACAUGUUCUCAAACUAAACUUUUUAUCCAUUUCAUAACUCGACAAUGCAACAAUAUCAAUUAACUCGAGAUAAUUGAACAACAGUUUGUAAAAGUAAGAAAAGUAAUAUAUUAAAGAAUGACAUGGUGACAUAAUACUGACAAGAAUAGUUUUUUAUACCUCAGCUGCUAUCUAUGCUGUUAUUUUUUUGCAAUAUGUAACAUAUGUAUAUCACAUAUACACAUGUUAAUAUUGUUACGAUAAACAGCAAGUAUGCUGAAAAAGUCAGUAUUUAUGUUAAAAAUAAUGUAAUAUAAUUAACAUAACACAUUGCUAAUAAGUACAUAUGUUACAAUGUGUUUGUCAAUGAUAAGCAUAUGUGUUUACAUAUAUAAAAAUAUAUGUGUAAGACACGGCUUUUUCGGCGUUAUAUUACAAUUAUUACUGAAAAAUAUUUGAAUAUGUUGGUUCGAAUAUUAUAGUAAUUACUGUACCAUAACGCAGUGAUAAAUAUCUAGCCUUGUCUAGCAGAAAUUCUAUCGAACUGUCGAACGUCAUUUUCCGUAAAUUACAGCUAUAAUAAUAGUGUUCACUUCAGAAAUUUAUAAUAUUUGCCACUUUUAAUAUACGAUAAUUAUUACAUAGCGAAAAUUUAAAUAUCGAUAAUUUUAUAAUGCUUUGUCUAUUAACAAUUAUGUAUUUAUUGUAUAUCUUUUAAACAAAUAUCUUCUGUAUUAAAAAGCUACAACAAACAAGUAUUUACUAUCUAUAUAUAAAAGCACAAGAUUUUAAAUGUUUUAU